AUGGAGACUCUUCUAUCCCACUCUUUCGACUAUCUGUCAUCAGCAUCCCCCCAAAAGAUCCGCAAAGGACUGCGUCAACUGGAAGGAUUGGUGGCCCAACUUUGUCUUUCCAGAUCCUCCAUCGCCAAUAAAAGGCAAUCAAUGCUCCUGCUCGGCUCUUCGCCUUCUUCUAGUGGUGGAAAGAAACUGUCUGAUCUGCCGAGCGACCCUCUCUUUCGAGAGUUCUUCAAGCUACAGCAGAAUUUCCAAUGGAAUAUCGCCAUGAGACUGGUCGCCUGCCUCGAGCGGCUGCUAGGCAAAGAAAGCAAUGGCACGCAUGACUUGUUGGUCAUCCAGACACUCGAUCUCAUUCAAGGAGUGUUACUGUUGCAUCCGCCUUCGCGUGCGCUUUUCGCACAAGAAAUCUACAUGAAUCUCUUUUUGGAUCUCCUCGACCCAUCCAACUGUCCCGCCAUUCAAUCCUCCACCAUCAUGGCGCUGGUCACCUCUCUCCUCGACCAAUCACAAAACGCACGAACUUUCGAGGCCAUCGAUGGCCUCCUCGUCGUAACCUCAUUGUUCAAGGCACGCGGAACAUCAAGAGAAGUAAAAUUGAAAUUGGUCGAGUUUCUGUAUUUCUAUUUGAUGCCCGAGACACCAGCGCCCAAACUUUGCGUAUCUACGUCUGCAACCAACACAGCCAUUCUUGGAGGCAGAGGAAAAGAUGUGAUUGCCGCGUUCGAUCGGCGCAGGGAAACUGUUAACGGAGUCGAGAACAGCAGCAGCAGUCCGGACGUCAGCACAGGGACCAGGACCACCGAAGAAAAGCAGGUUCUCCUCGGCAAGCAUCUGAGCAACGUACAGGACCUGGUAGAGGAUCUGAGAGAAGGCGGGGGCGUGUUUGGCGUCGGAGCGAUAUGA